AUGGAAACCAUCUACAAACAAGUCCAGCUGGAAGUCUACCCGGGGGAGAUCGCUGCCCUACAGCGAGGCGAAAACGUUCCGGAAAAGAGCCCGAUCACACGACUUGUACCAUUCCUCGACGAAAACUGUGUGCUCCGGGAGAAUAGCAGAAUUCGUGAGUCGAAAUCAGCUCCCUAUGACGUCCGAUUCCCGGUAAUUUUACCGCAAAAGCACCGUGUGACGAUGUUGAUCGUGGAUUAUUAUCACCGACGCUACAACCAUGCAAACUCCGAAACCGUCGUCAACGAGGUUAGGCAGCUGUAUUCCAUCUCUGGCCUUCGUACCUUUACUCGACGCAUUAGCCGAAGCUGUAUGACCUGUAGAAUCCGGAAAGCUAAACCGUCCAUCCCUCCGAUGGCUCCAUUACCGCCAGCUAGGCUAGCUGAACGAGAGCGCCCGUUUACCUACACGGGGUUGGAUUAUUUUGGCCCACUUCUCGUCAAAAUUGGUCGGUCAAACGUGAAGAGGUGGAUAGCGGUCUUUACCUGCAUGACCGUGCGAGCCGUGCAUUUUGAGGCGGUGUCCUCACUCUCCACAUCUUCCUGUAUCCUUGCAGUCAGACGGUUUGUGGGACGCCGCGGUGCACCGGCUAUAUUCUUCAGCGACAACGGGACGAACUUCGUUGGGGCGUCAAGAAUACUUCAGCAGCAGAUCAACCAAGGACUAUCCAACACUUUCACGAAUGCCGAUACUAAGUGGAAGUUCAAUCCUCCGGGGGCACCACACAUGGGGGGCGUGUGGGAAAGACUGGUGAGAUCUGUCAAGGUGGCAAUUGAAGAUGGGUACUCUGAGGGUAAACUAGACGACGAGGGGCUUAAUACUUUGAUAGUGGAGGCAGAAAGCAUAAUCAAUUCAAGGCCUCUGACCUACCUUCCCCUAGAUUCCGCUGAAUUUGAAGCACUUACUCCGAACCACUUUUUGUUGGGGAGUUCCAACGGUAUUAAACAACCCGCAGUUCCAAUUGCAAAACAACGGAACCUUCGGGAUACAUGGGGUCUUAUUCAACGUGAACUCGAUAUAUUCUGGAGACGCUGGACGAAGGAGUACCUUCCUAUCUUACGGCGGCAGGACAAGUGGUUCCAAGAGGCGGCGCCGAUUGAAGUUGGCAGCUUGGUAUUAAUCGCGGACCCAAGGACCCGCAACGGUUGGGUACGAGGACGUGUGGUGGAGAUAUUCGUCGGAUCCGAUGGCCAGACUCGUACAGCUGUGGUGGAGACGGCGAAUGGUGUAUUGAAGCGAGCGGUCCAUUACCUAGCCCGACUGGACCUGAGUAGCGGAAAUUAUCAAAGCAGUGCAGUCUCAGGAACGGCUGAGAUGCACCCGGGGGAGGAUGUCGGCACCACUGGCAGCAUUGGUCAGAUUGUCAACAACCAGCACCGUGUGUGA